CGCGAGCAGACGGAGCCGAGCCGCGAGCAGACGGAGCCGAGCCGCACCCGCGCGUCAGGCCCAGCCACAGAUUCUGUAGACUCUCAGCUUGGCAAUCUGAAAAAUGCAUUAUCUCAUGGUGCUGUUGAAGUGAAAAGAGUUAUCCAGGAGAAGCUGAGAGAUAACAUAAAUCUGUGUAGACAGCCUGGCUGCGAGCAGUUACAGUGGAAUAAACUCCUGCCUCCUGCCUCCUGGCUGCCGUGCUGCCCUGAGGUUCCUGCGUGACGCUCUGCAGCCUGAACCAUGCCAGCGCUAUCAGCGGGGUCUGGGAGCGACACAGGUCUGUACGAGCUGCUGGCUGCAUUGCCAGCCCAGCUGCAGCCACAUGUGGACAGCCAGGAAGACCUGACCUUCCUCUGGGAUAUGUUUGGUGAAAAAAGCCUUCAUUCACUGGUGAAGAUUCAUGAAAAACUGCAUUAUUAUGAGAAACAGAACCCGAUGCCCAUACUGCAUGGUGCAGCAGCCUUGGCAGAUGAUCUGGCUGAGGAGCUGCAGAGCAAACCACUGAGCAGUGAGAUCAGAGAGCUGUUGAAACUCCUUGCAAAACCCAAUCUCAAGGCUUUGCUGUCUGUACAUGAUACUGUUGCUCAGAAGAACUAUGAUCCUGUCUUGCCCCCCAUGCCUGAUGAUAUUGAUGAAGAAGAAGAUUCAGUUAAAAUAAUCAGGCUGGUCAAAAACCGGGAACCAUUGGGAGCUACUAUUAAAAGGGAUGAACAUACUGGUGCAAUUGUAGUGGCCAGGAUAAUGCGUGGAGGAGCUGCAGAUAGAAGUGGGCUUAUUCAUGUUGGUGAUGAACUGAGGGAAGUCAAUGGGAUUCCUGUAGAUGAUAAAAAGCCUGAAGAAAUAAUACACAUUUUGGCUCAGUCUCAAGGAGCCAUUACAUUUAAAAUUAUACCCAGUGUGAAGGAAGAAAUGCCAAUGAAGGAAGGCAAGAUGUUUAUCAGAGCCUUAUUUGACUAUGAUCCUAAUGAAGAUAAAGCAAUUCCUUGUAAAGAAGCUGGACUUGCUUUCAGAAAAGGAGAUGUCCUCCAGAUCAUGAGCCAGGAUGAUGCAACCUGGUGGCAAGCCAAACACGAAGGUGAUGCCAAUCCCAGAGCAGGCUUGAUCCCUUCAAAGCAUUUUCAAGAGAGGAGAUUUGCAUUGAGAAGACCAGAAGUGCAGGUUCAGCCACUGAAAAUUUCCAACAGAAAAUCAUCUGGUUUUAGAAGAAGCUUUCGUCUUAGCAGAAAAGAUAAAAAAACAAACAAGUCCAUGUAUGAGUGCAAGAAGAGUGAUCAGUAUGAUACAGCAGAUAUCCCAACCUAUGAAGAAGUUGCAAAAUACAGACGACAACCUAAUGACAAAUACAGGCUUGUUGUUUUGGUUGGUCCUGUAGGGGUUGGACUGAAUGAACUUAAACGGAAAUUGCUGAUCAGUGAUACCCAGCACUACGGGGUAACAGUGCCACACACUACCCGUCCAAGGAGAAGCCAAGAAAGUGAUGGUGUGGAAUACAUUUUCAUUUCCAAGCACUUGUUUGAGACAGACGUACAGAAUAACAAGUUUAUCGAGUAUGGCGAGUAUAAGAACAACUACUAUGGUACAAGUUUAGACUCUGUUCGUUCAGUUCUAGCUAAAAACAAAGUUUGUUUGUUGGAUGUGCAACCUCAUACAGUGAAACAUUUGCGGACAUAUGAGUUUAAACCAUUUGUUAUAUUUAUAAAACCUCCAUCACUUGACCGUUUGAGAGAAACCAGAAAAAAUGCCAAGAUUAUUUCAAGUAAAGAUGAUAAGGGAACUGCAAAACCCUUUACAGAGGAAGAUUUUCAUGAAAUGAUUAAAUCUGCCCAUGUGAUGGAGAGCCAGUAUGGCCACCUAUUUGACAAGGUGAUAGUCAACGAUGACCUCGCUACAGCUUACAGUGAGCUUAAAACAACUUUUGACAGGUUGGAGACUGAGACCUUCUGGGUUCCUGUCAGCUGGCUGCACUCCUAGUAAUGUCUUAAGCAGACAAAACCUCUGCUGUUGUAUCAGCAUCUAAACCUUGGGCAUGGUUAGGCUUUACUCAAUGGCCGUUUUCUUGGGAGGAGGGCUUUUAACUCUACUGAGCAGCAGGUUUACUCUUCAUGCACUUGGAACUGGUCUUGUUUUCCUGUGUCUUCAAUUCUGCUGCCCACGGUUUGGGGCAGAACAGUCAGAUUAAAGCAGAGAUUUACUGUGCUCUGUAAAGUGAGCUAAUACUAGUACAGCAAAACUGCCAAACACCUCUUUAUCAUCAUCUGUGUCUUUCCAAGUUGAGUGUUCUUAACACAGAGUUUGCAGAAGAUACAAAUUGAUGCUGUAGAUCAGCACUUCAGUGGUUUUAAGAUAACUGUUCCCAUAAAUGAGCACAUCAGCACUUGGAAGUUACUGUCCUUUAAGUGCUGGAGAGAACUGAAACAGGCAAAGUGACCAACAUUUUUAUGAGGAAGACACCAUAGUUUUAAUUAUGUAUCAAUGUGUUUUUACUUUUCUAGAUGUGAACCUUGUCUUACAUGUACAGACAUUUAAGUAUUCCUUUGCAAUAAUCAUGGAAAGAAAGAUAUAUUCAGUGGCUUAAUAGUGAAGCUGUGAGCAUGCAGGGACUGAAAAUACUUUCACGCAUGCUCUGUGGCACAACAAAGAAAAGUCAUGGGAAUAAUUAUUUAAAUAGGAAAAAAUGUGAGUUAGUAUGUAUAUAACUUCAAAGUCUUUGGAAUUAAACUUCUGUAAAAUCAGUGGCAAAAGGAUAUGAAUAGCAACAAAGUAGAGAAUAAAUUUUCCCCCUUUAAAUUGAUUUUAAAUAUUUUUGGCACACUUUAUAACAAUUUUCCCAUCCGAAAUUUUCAAACCGUGAGGAAACUUUGGACAUUUGAGAAGCAGUUGAAAGAGAUUAAUUCUUUUUAUUGUUGAGUAGGUAGUGAUACUUUUUAGUAGUAAAAAUGUGUAUUUUGUCUCCACUCACAAAUAAAUUAAUGCUGUAGAGUUCACUGUAAAAAAUAUCCUUGUCACUAGUCAGACAGUUGGAAACCCCAUUGUAAGAUUUGAUGUGUCAAAUUAGAGGAUGUGUAUAUUAGAGGAUGUAUUUUUAAUAUAGAUAAUUUGGUAUUUUUCUUUACUUACUACUGAUAUGCAGGAAAUGAGUACAGAUGUAAAGACCAAGUACCACCUGUGUGUUGUGUUGUGAAUAUGUCUUGUAAGUACAGAAUGUGUAUAGGAACUUGCUGACUUCAGAUCAUCCCAUCUGUGGCAUUCAAACAGGAAACCAUUAUUUCAUGUUAAUCUGUAAAGAGAAUAUAGCUUUCUUGUUUAAAGAAAAAAGAAUUUAGUGCAACUUUAUAUAUUUAUGAAAGGGUUGAAAAGGGAUGUUAAGUUUUUAAAUUUCUUGUCAAUGUGAUCAUUUAUUAAAGAGAUUACUAAGUCUGUAAUUGGAAACAGUCUCUGUAAAUGGAGCUCAACAUUCCAUGUAAAUAUUUUAUUUCAGUUCAUAUGCUGAUAAAGCCAUGAGGUUUUGCAGUUUUAUUCUAAAUGUAUAUUUAAUGUGUGGGCCAUUGCAUUUAGCUUAGAGUCUUAUAAAACAAGUGAAAUGCAAGAAAAAACAGCAAAAUCCCUGGGAGUCUGGAAAUGUUUAUGCAAGAGUUACAGAUGUACUGAGUCCCAGUUUGGAUACAUGCUCUGCUUGAACAGCUCUACUGUAACUUCUGUCGAAUUUCACCAUUUUCCUGGUGGACUUAAACUUUUUUUGUAACAUAAAUAGGAAUUUGUUGAUUAAAUUAAUUGCACAGA